AACCGGCUGGCUGCCAUAUCGUAUUCCACACUCGGGUUAGGCAGCCAGAGAGAGAGAGAGAGAGAGAGAGAGAGAGAGAUGGGCACCAGAGUUCAUUCAGAAGUGCCUUAUUUUUAGCUGCUUGUAGCUCUCCCUCGGCAAGUGACUGUAAGGCCGCCACAGACAGAAGUUAGAUGUUCUAAGGCAUCGAUGAACCGGGCGUAUUAAAGACCCAUGGCAAAGUGGUUGAAAGAUUACCUGAGUUUUGGCAGCAGGAAAGGACCUCCGCAGCCACCCAAGCCAGACUACACAGAGAGCGAGAUACUUCGGGCCUACCGUGCACAGAAAGAACUGGACUUUGAAGACCCUUACGAACCCUCAGAUAACCGGCCGCAGAACGGUCAGGGCGCUGCUGAUCCCUUUCCUGCAUUUGGGACAGUUCUGCCCAACGGCGUGGAGGUCAAGAUUGUGUCUCCUAAACACAGACUGAUAAAAGUGGAAUCUCAAGAAUUCGGGCGCUGCAAGAUCCCAUUGAGCAUUGUGUCCUUUGAGGAGCCUCAUGCCCCUGUGGUUCCGUCUGCUCCAGCAGUGGGGGACACGGAUUACUCUGAUCCAUUUGACGCUCGUCCAGACCAGCGGGCCCAACCUGCCUGGGAUCACAGCUCUGUAGAGAACAGCAGCAGCUACAUGGAGCCCUUUGAAGCCCAGAGAGUCAUUACUGAGCUACAACACAGUUCAGAGCCCAGCCGCUCUGGCUCUCGAGGCAGCCCUCAGCUAUAUGACAGUCCAUACGAGGAGCGGAGCCGCCACCGGGCUGCCGCCUCUCAAGACGAUGAAAGAGGGAGCCGAUUGCCCCAGGAUGAUGAAAGGCCAGCGGACGAGUACGACCAACCCUGGGAAUGGAAGAAGGAGAACAUCUCCAAAGCCUUUGCUGUUCAGUUUGAUGGUGGUGACUGGGACCGGUCCACAUUACCGCAUGUGGAACAGCAAAGGAGAGCCGGAGCCUCUAGAACCAGCCCUCCAUCCAGCAAAGCCACCAGCCUACGCAAACCAGGAGACCCCCAUACCAUUCUUGGGGAGAGAGUGAAUCCUACCCUACCACUGGAUCAACAAGUGUGGUAUCAUGGUGCACUGACACGUUCUGAAGCAGAGACUUUGCUGACGCUGUGCAAAGAGUGCAGUUACCUGGUGAGGAAUAGUCAGACUAGCAGAAACGACUACUCGCUCUCCCUCAGGAGCUGCCAUGGCUUCAUGCAUAUGAAGUUUUCUCUGUCUCGUGAUGGGAAGUACAUCCUUGGUGAGAACAGUCCUCCGUUCGACACAAUUCCAGAAGUCAUCUACUACUACACAACCCACAAGCUGCCCAUCCGUGGUGCAGAACACCUCUCCCUGCUCUUCCCUGUGGUGGUCCAGACACUCUGAGAACACAUACUGGCCUACACAUGCGUACACACACAGGCCUGGACUCCUGCUUGCUUACACACAGGUAUAUAUGCACACUCAGGGCCUGAUUUGGAUCUACUUGCAGUAACGCUUUGUACUUGAUGACAAGUUUACUUUGUGUUAAUAGCCGCUGCUGAUCUUUCAGUAUUUGGUUUGAAUCUGAUAUGAAUGGCUUUGAAUGAUUUGGAGUGCCGUUGCCAUUUUCAUUACGAAUGUUGUGGCUAAUGGUACUGUAGAUUAUUUUAAAGCUUUUUUUUGAUACUACAUGAAGCCACAGGUUUACAGCAGCUUUGGAUGCACCGACAUUUCAGCCACCAAAAAUGAUCAAAAAGAGCAUUUUCGGAUUUCAACUAAAAGAGAAAAAGAGGCUGAAAAUUUUGACUGGAGAAAAAAAAACUAGGCCUAGACCUAGAUUAUAUAGGCCUUUUAAAACAAUUUAAUGGUAAUGAAAAUGAGAAUUGGUGAUCAACAAAGCUGAAGUCGGACAGAAUAUUCCGUACAGAAUAUAUCAACCACGCUGUUCAAAGUGGAAUGGAAAGUGAGUACAAGAAACUCGCAAAUACGAAGCUAACUUCAGCCUGAGUCACUUUCCUGUGCCGGUCUUCACAGGUGCAUUCAAACAGUUAGAGCAGCAGCAGAUCAACACUGAAAAUGCUAGCUGUGUGGAGAUAUUUCAGUGAUUAACUAUUGUUCAUCAAGAGCUGACUCAACUUUUCCAGUACAGGUUUGAUUCCACUUGAAAAUACAACAUCCUGUUUGAUAUAGGCAGAAUAUAGCAUAUGUGGCUUAUUCACUAUAAUCAUUUUAGUAAGUUUAUUCUGUGGAGAAUAUUUAUUUAUUCUCCGUUUUCAGCCGAGAAUUUUCAUUUCGGUGCAUCGCUACCUUUGACACCACAUGACUUGCACAAAAUGCUAUGAAAUGACAGUGUGUUGCUUUCACUCACUCAGUUUAUCUUUGGAACACAAGCUAGACUAAUAGAAGAGGGCUUUAUGCUACAAGAAGACUUACCAAAUGAGUCAAAUGGACCCUUUACUCUCUGCUGGGUUGUAUGGGAAAUCCCUUUACUAACCUGGCACAUUCAUAUCCGUAAUGCCGCUCUGCUUCUAGCUUUGUACUGUACAAUUAGGAUCUAUGCUUUAGUCAAAAAGUGGACCUGCCAAAGUACGAAGAUGAUGUGUCAACAAUUAGAAAAGACAAAGAUAUAUUAUAAGUAUGGAAAAUAGCUUAAUAAUGUGUGAAUGCCUUUUUUGCCAGCAGUUUUUGGAGUGGUUACAGCUACAGAUAAUGUAUACUGCUGUGGAAGGAAAGCUCCAGUGUUUUUCAGCCUUAUGCUCUCUGUUCUUUAACAAUACAUGGAAACGUGUCAAAAUCAUUGUCCAUGGUACAACAUAGAUACACCAAAUAGAAGUUAGGUUUGAAAAACACUGGAGUAUCUUAAGGAAAUUGGGCAGCGUUAAUGGAAUGUGGAGAAUUUCUUCCCCUGGAGCAGCUGACCUGCCCAAAAGCAGUGACUCGGACAAGAGUCUGGCGAGUAAGAGGUGAAAACAGGAAGAGAAAGCCCUCGCCUCUCCAGAGCCAAGCUCUUUCCACUUGGCCGCCCGUCUCCUCUCUGCCCCAGCAACAUCGAGUCUUUCUGGCAGGAGAGAGGAAGCCGCCCUUUCUACCAGGCUGCACUUCACCGGAGGUGACUGCGGCAGUUCAGGAGGGCGAGUCACCUUUAGCAGCUGAAGAAAAAAAUUUGGCUUUGCACUGCUUUGUUCAAAACUACUGAACUCUCAAGCACACUUCGAACACUUUUUUCUGUUCAUGAUUGUAGGGUUUGCCUGCAGUAGUUGAACGUCUUUGUAUAUAGAAGCAAUAGAGAAGUUUUUGGGGCGGGUGCGGAUGGGAAUAAAUAAAUAUACAAAUGCUGUAUAUCCUUAUUAUGAGAACCACAACUAUAAUUCACGUCCCACUAAGUUCACCUUCUUUCUUAGGAGAGAUUUAACAUCACCACUGUCUAUUGUGUUUCGUAGAGGUAGGAGCUUUGGAUUUAGAUUAGGAUUAGGUUCCCCAGGAGUGGCCAAAACACUUUACUUACGGUAAAUUUGGUACAGUUUGGGCUGUUUGAACACCUGAACUCUCGACUGGAGCUGUAAGGAGCAAACUAUUCAUCAUAAUUUUUCAUGAAGGCAUAUAAGUUAAAUACCUUGGUUGUGAGCAGGACUACAGUGAAGAAAAGCCGAGCCAUGCAGGGUCUUAUCUCAGUGUAUUAGAAAGACAGUGAGGCUCAGUUCUGCCACUUUUUCCUCUAUUAGCUGGGCACUCCUGAAGAUAUGGUUGACCUAAGAGACCCAUGGUUAAUAGAGCCUUGCCUUAUCCGAUUGGACCAUUAAAACUGCUCUGAAACAGCAAAUUCUACCAGCCCUCACAGCUGCAAAGUAAAGCUAUCACACCCAUAGCACACACUAGUAGUACUGCAAGACCUAGCUUACUCUUUUGCAGAGUGUAAUGUUAGAGAACUACACUGUAGUCUUGAAUUAUGACCAAUUUGACUGACUUUCUGUACUGUUGUUUUUAAGUGUUUCAUUUCCUUGAAAUAAAGUAUGCUCUUUUCUUACAAAUAAAUAAAUAAAGCAUGCA